AUGCUCUGGAACGAAGACGGUGUCGUUAAGGUGGUACAAGCUGACACAAAGCCGUUUUCCGUUGAGGCCAACGUGGUUGAAGCUUAUUUGUACCAUGGAGAUUUUGGACCACUCGAAAUUAGGAACGAGGAUGGAGGAACGUCCAACGCCAUAGUGUCAAGUGCACAGGUACUGAGUAAGGCAUGCUUGGACCCAUUAUCCGAAAUCGUAAGACCAUCGAUGAUCACAUUAGAUGGUCCACUGAAGUCUGAUGAACAAGUAAAUGAUGAGUGA